CAUUUUCGGUAGGUCGUCUGUGAACGUGCGUGCUUUUGAUUAAUUUUCUUAGGCAACAGGAGGAUAAUUUGUAAAACGUAAAGCUUUACGUUAUUCCUUACAAAUCUGAUUCUAUACGUGAGAAAUUCUAGCAUUGAUUAAAAAACUCGCAAUUAUAUUAUUCCGUUCCGUGUGCUAAUGCGUGGCAUUUCAGAAAGCUCUCCAUCAAAUCACACAAUGGCGGAGGACUUUGAUGUCGAGGCGAUGUUGGAAGCCCCAUACAGAAAAGGGGAGCAGGAAUCAUCGUCCAAAGACAAAUCGUCCAGGGAGAAUGGAACGAGUCGCAAAACAUCUGGGAAGAGCAAACAUCGCUCGAGAACUCGUUCGCGAUCCCGCGAUCGUCGGGACAAGGACAGCAGAAAAGAUCGGGACAGAGGCGAUCGGGACAGGGACCGGGACAGAGACAGAGAUCGCGGUGAUCGAGAAAGGGAUCGUGGCGAUAGGGACAACAAGGACAGGGAGAGAGAUCGCGAUCGCGAUCGUGACCGUGAUCGUGGCGGUGAUCGUGACCGGAAGCGCAGAUCUCGGUCGCGUGACAGCCGACGAGAUCGUGAUCGAGGCGGCGAGAAAGAUGAGAAGGAAAAGGAUCGAGGAGAGAGGCGGGGGGACAGGGAAAGAGAUCGCGGAGAUCGUGAUCGCGACAGAAGAAGAAAGAGAAAUCCAAAUGAAACACAGCUGCGAUUUAAAAAAAAAAUGUUGACCCAAUUUUCUCCUACUCUUCCCAGAGCUCGUCCACCAUUUGGAAAGGGCGUCAGUCCAUUAGGAAUAAGGAAUGAUGAGUUGACGCCCGAGGAACGUGAUGCUCGUACUGUUUUUUGUAUGCAGUUGAGUCAGCGAAUUCGAGCUCGGGAUUUGGAAGAAUUUUUCUCGAGUGUUGGAAAGGUUCAAGAUGUUAGACUGAUUACUUGCAACAAAACGAGACGCUUCAAAGGCAUCGCUUAUGUUGAAUUCAAAGAUCCCGAAAGUGUCACACUCGCACUUGGUUUAUCGGGCCAGAAAUUGCUUGGUGUACCAAUAGUGGUGCAGCACACCCAAGCGGAGAAAAAUCGUAUGGGCAAUUCAAUGCCAAAUCUGAUGCCAAAGGGUCAAACAGGUCCCAUGCGACUCUACGUUGGCUCUCUCCACUUCAACAUCACCGAGGACAUGCUGCGUGGCAUUUUCGAGCCUUUUGGCAAAAUUGACAACAUACAGCUGAUAAUGGACCCGGAGACGGGCCGAAGUAAAGGCUACGGCUUUCUAACUUUCAGGAACGCGGACGAUGCUAAAAAAGCAUUGGAACAACUUAAUGGUUUUGAGCUGGCGGGCCGACCUAUGAAGGUCGGCAAUGUCACAGAGCGGACGGAUCUGAUGCAGGGAAAUUCCCUCCUUGACACGGACGAGUUGGACCGGAGUGGAAUUGAUCUGGGCGCCACGGGUCGAUUGCAGUUGAUGUUCAAAUUGGCGGAGGGUACGGGUCUGGAGAUUCCCCAGGCGGCGACAAAUGCCCUGAAUAUGGCAGCGCCGGCUUUGACCCAGCCGCAACCACCACCGCCGCAAGCGGCCCCACCAAUUGCCACCCAGUGUUUCAUGCUCUCCAACAUGUUUGACCCGCAAAAUGAAACAAAUCCAAAUUGGGCCAAGGAGAUUCGCGACGACGUGAUUGAAGAGUGUAACAAACACGGAGGUGUUUUACAUGUUUACGUCGACCAAGCCUCGCCACAAGGUAACGUUUACGUCAAGUGUCCAUCGAUCGCAACAGCAGUGGCCGCUGUGAAUUCGUUGCACGGCCGAUGGUUUGCCGGCCGGGUCAUUACUGCCGCCUAUGUCCCGGUUGUCAACUAUCAUUCAUUAUUCCCCGACGCGAUGACGGCUCUUCAGCUGCUCGUUCCAAGUGCGCCCCGACGAGGGAUGUGAUCAUAAAACAAAAAAAAAAAAAAACGAAAAAAAAAGGGAGAAAUUGUGAUUCAAAUUUUACGUCUGCCAAUCAGUUGUGCGGGCGUCUCGUCGGUCAAUCCUUUCGCUGCUUUUUUUUUUCUUUUGGUUCUUUUUUUCUCGCCAAAUUCUAGAGUUACGUGUUGUAAAUAAUUUGCCCUUGGAAGAAAUGUACCAAAGACGAUUUUUGGUGCAUGCCUUGGUUUUUCUGUUUUUUGAUCUGAGAUAGAGAGAUAAAUCCUCAGCGAAAGGAUGCAAGUGAGAGAGAGAGAGAGAGAGAGAGAGCGGCACUUUGAGAGAAGCGAUUGAAAAUGAGAUUAGGGACAAAUUUUUGACUGGAAAUGUCAUAAAUUUUGUCGAGAUUUCUUCUCUCGUUGAAUACGAGUGCGAGCUAUGAUGCAUAAAAUUACACCAUGUGUAAUGUUUUUCUUUUUUCUUUUCUUUGUGAUUUAUUCACAAGCACGGGGGGGGGGGAGGCUACUUUUUGUUGGAGGGGAGAGUUGAUGGAGAUGACGAGUCUUUAGGUUAGGUAACAAACCCGUAGAUUUGUUACAUUUUUUUACCGAUAUGUGUGAGAAAGUGAGAUCUGCAGAAAAUUUAUGAGAGACUUCAUAGUUGAAUUUUCGGGGGGAGGGUGUUUUUUUUCCAGACAGAAAAUACGAGCAUACCCACUGCUGCUCGAUUUUUGUGCCCACUGCUGCACGAUUUGUGUGCCCACUGCUGCACGAUUUUAUAAUCGGAUAUUUCGAUGUGUUCAACACACAUAGUCAUCGAAAAAGGGAAAAUUGAUCGGUAUUUAGCCAUUUAAGGCGGUCGUAAGAGUAUUAUUAAAAAUAUAUAUAUAUAUAUAUAUGUAGUUAAAUUAAUGUUACUGGAAUUUUUUUAAGUACGCGUUUUGCGUGGAACUGAAUGUUUUCUAGUGGACAAUCUACUUUCUGCUAAUACUAGUUUUGAGUUUUAUCGAGUUUCUAAUUUCAAUUUAUUAUUGUGCGGGCUCAAAAUUGGUUGAAAUCUUAAAAUUGCAUCAUCCCCAGGAAGAAAUUACAAUUGUAUAUAGUUGAGAAGUAAUUGGAGAGUGAGUGAGUAAUUGAGAUUUUAAAAUUUUAGAAAAGAAUAAAUUUGAAGAUUUUUGUGUCAACAAGUAGACGGGCGCGGGCGGGCGGUGGCGGGAGGUAUUUGAGUGUGAGUCUGCAGAUCUUUCUCGUUUCCUUUAUUCUCUCCGAGACAGUGAAUAAAGUAGCGUGUAUAUAUUUUUUUGUAAAUUAACUUAAUAUAGAAUAAAGUGUUACUGUAAUGUAACUCAAACACACAAAAA